GGUUAUUCUAUGUAUGCUGUAAAGCAAGAAACUUUCCUUGACGAUUUUGAGGAACCAGCUAAAGUACAUCAGUAAUGGCAGCUUCCUUACCACAUAUUCGUUUACCUCCUCUUCCAUCAAUUAGAGAUUUAGUUAAGUUGUAUCGCAUUAGAGCUCUAAAAAAGUUAUCUCAAAAUUUUUUAAUGGAUGAACGCAUAACUGACAGAAUUGUUAAAGCUGCUGGACACAUCAGGAACCAUUAUGUUUGUGAAAUCGGUCCAGGCCCAGGAGGAAUCACCAGGUCUAUAAUUAAACAGUCUCCCCACAAGUUAAUCGUUGUUGAAAAAGAUGCCAGGUUCUUACCAACCUUGGAGAUGUUGCAGGAAGCCUGUAAAGGUUACAUAAAAAUGGAUAUAGAAAUUGGAGACAUCAGAUCAUAUAACUUGGAGGCAGGCUUCGCAGGUGCUCCCAAACUCGGUUGGUUUGAAGCUCCACCACCAGUACACUUGAUAGGAAAUUUGCCAUUCAGCGUGUCAACAAAUCUUAUCAUUAGAUACUUACAGUCUGUCUCUGAAAAAAAUUCUGCAUGGAGUUUCGGAAGAACUUCGAUGACAUUGACUUUUCAAAAAGAAGUGGGCGAGAGAAUGAUAGCACCUAUAAUGCACAAACAGAGAUGCAGGUUGUCUGUCAUGAGCCAGCUGUGGUGUGAAGUCAACUAUAAAUUUACAAUACCAGGUUCAGCCUUUCUGCCUAAACCAGAUGUUGAUGUAGCUGUUGUAACAUUUAUACCAAAAAAGUACCCACUUGUUGAUUUACCCUUCAAGAUGGUAGAAAAAGUUUUGAGGAAUAUAUUCAAUAUGAGACAGAAGUAUUGUAUUAGAGGUGCUGAGAGGCUAUUUCCAGAAGAUAUGAGAGAAUAUCUAGGUUUGAAACUUCUAAAGUUAGCCGAAGUUCCACCUACAACCAGACCUUUUCAAAUAAGCAAUGAAGAAUUUGUAAGGAUUUUUUAUGCAUAUAAAAUAAUAUGUGAAGAACACCCUGGAAUAGAAGAUUAUGAUUCAAGGGGACCUAAACUCGUAAAUGAUGAAGAAUUGGAGGUUUAGUUUUGAUUAGAGCCUAAAUGUUAGCUUCUUGUUAGUUUUUGUUUCAGUUUCUAAUAUACUUUAAAUAUAGUACUUCAAAAGAGA